AUGCGUACCGCCUUCGCUGUCACUGCUUUCGCCGCUGCGGCUUUCGCCCAGUCCCAGUCUUCCUCGGUCGACCCCUUCCCCCAGACCACAUUCCUCCAGCAGACCAACUCGCUGGGUGUCGUGACUGGCCAGCCCGCUGCUGCCACGUCCAUCCCCAGCCAGCCGCCCGUUGACACUGUCAUCCCUACCCAGCCCACUGUUGUCACCUCGCAGCCUGCUGCUGACACCAGUGUUGGCAUCCCUGCCUCCAUCCCCGCUGUUGCCCCUGGCAUCUACACCAUCCCUGUUGCCGGCAAUGGUAACUCCACUCGCACUCUCGUUGUCAGCGCCAACAACUCCACCACCAUCGUCCUGAACCAGCCCACCUCUGGCUCGGCCGCUGCCUCCAACAGCGCCAACCCCACUGGCUCGGGCGCGUCGGGCUCUGGUACCGGCCGUCCCACUGGCUCCCCUACUGGCUCCUCGACUGCCUCUGGCACUGGUGCCCAAAGUUCUGCCGGUGCCGCGGCCAACCUCAAGGUUGCUGCUGGCUCCAUGGUCGGUUUCGGUGCCUUCGUUGCUGCUUUCUUGUAA